AUGGGCGGCUCACCUCCCUGCGGUGACUCGGUACGAGCCGUAAAGGAUUACCGACGACAAGCCGUCACCGCACAAAAAUGGCCUUCACAAGUCGAGGCUGACCAUCAGAUCUCUUUUUCAGCGGCUGACACUCGCGGCAUCAGCAUGCCGCAUAAUGAUCCACUCCUCGUUGAUAUUGGGAUUGGUGAGUGCCAGGUCACAAAGGUCCUCGUUGAAACUGGCAGCUCGAUCGACCUUAUCUUUAGGGAUACUCUCGACAAGAUGGAAAUCGACUUACGCAACAUGAAGCCCUCUUCACGCACUCUUACCGGGUUCAACGGUUCCUCAGAAAAAAUGAUUGGGACAAUACGUCUUCCAGUUGACGCAGGGGACGUAACCCGAACCGUAAAGUUCUCCGUCAUUUGGGCUAAAGUGCCUCACAACGCUAUCCUCAGCACCCCUUGGUUGCACUCCAUGAAGGCCAUUCCCUCUACCUAUCACCAGUGUGUUAAGUUCCCUGGGAAGGAUGAAACAACACAGACGAUCCGUGGAGACAAACGAGCCGCGAGAGAGCUGCCUAUCGCCGCAGUCAAGCUACAACAGUCAGUUUCUCUCGUCAACUCAGUUACCAAACCCAUCCAUAAGAUCAAUCCUCAAAAGGAGGAAAUCUGUGAAGUCCCCAUUGAUGAAGCCGACCCGUCAAAAGCCGUGCGUGUCGGAGCAUUUCUCUCCGACGAGAUGCAAUUUCAGAUCAUCUCCAACGAGAUGCAAUUUCAGAUCAUCUCCUUCCUCAAAGGAAUAGACCCCGCAGUAACAUCCAACGAGUUGAACGUUGAUCCGACGUUCAAACCCAUCCGACAGAAAAGACGGAAGCUCGGGCCCGAACGGUCUAAAGCCGUGAAUGAGGAGGUCGACAGGCUGCUCGACGCAGGUUUCAUUGCCGAGGUUCGGUACCCAGAGUGGCUGGCAAACCAUGUGGUAGUAAAGAAGAAGAAUGGAAAGUGGCGCAUCGGUGUCGACUUCACCGAUCUAAACAAAGCAUGUCCAAAAGACAGCUACCCUCUCCCUCACAUCGGUAGAAUCAACAGCCGGUAA